CACACAGUCAGCAGCUGAUUCUGACCGCGAGCGCCUCAUCAAAGCGCGUGAAAGCUCCGCGCGCCGCUUUCAAAACGGGGCGGUGUCGAUUUCCCACGUCACGCGUGUGGAAAUUUUCAAGGCAGCACAAAGCUGGGCUGUAUAAAGAGUAUAAAUGUCCCCGGUUGUGGGUCGCAAACACGCUGCUGGUAAGUGUGUCGUAGCAGAAUGCGCGUGAGCGUCCUGACCGUGCUCGCCCUGGCCGCGCUCGUGCGCUUUUGCCCAGGUGAGGAGAGUGCAAGGUGUGCGCAGGUGAACUGCCUGGAGAGCUGUCUGCCUCUGCCCAUGAUGAAGGACAUGAUGAAAACUCUGAAGAGCAUCAGCAAGCCUUGGCCUAGUGACAGCAGACGCCACAAAAGAUAUUUGCCAAAGUUAUAUAUCAAGAAGCUGAACAUCGCAGACAUCAACAAGAUGCUGGGAAUCUAUGAAGAUCAUGUAUUCAAUAAGCUGUGGACCCAUGACGUGGAGUAUCCCGACAGAUUUAUCCAUUCCUUCUACAGACUGAGAGUCAGUGUGGAACGCUGUAAGGACCGUGGUCAAGCAGAACUCACUCGCUACGCAAGGAAGAAGAUCAAGGGAAUGGAAGAGGCUUUCAAAAAGCUGCAAUCAGAAGAGCUGUCAAAAGCAGCAGGGGACUUUGAGACAAUACUCCGCUGGAUCAGUCUUUACACUGACAAAAAGCUGUCACACAGCAAAUGCCGGUAGUCUGUGGCUAUAAACUAUGACUGAGUCAGCAAAGACACAGAUGUAGAGCUAGGGCUGGGCGAUAUGACAAAAAUAUCAUGUAUAUACACUUGUUCACAAACUGCCAGCAAUACAGUAGUGUUGCAUUAACAAAAACUGUUUAAUACAAUAUUCAAUGUCCAAAAAUGAUUUAAAAAAAACCAACAAUUUAUUUAUAAAAUAAAUGAAUAAAUCUUUAACAUUGAACAGUAUUUAAAAAAAAAUCUUUAAAGAUUUGAACAUUUUACAAUUUUCCGGAUUAAGUACAAAAUGUGAACACCACAUCAGUCAGUUUGUAAUUAAAUUUAUUCAAAAUAUUUUUAAAUUAAUUUUAAAAAAGAUAUUAUAAUAUCCGGGAUAUCUCAGCAAAGCAUAUUUUGAUAGCCAUAAUUUAUCCCAAUAUCGAUAUUCUGUUGUCAUAUUGUCCAGCCCUAGAUAGAGGUUUAUAUUGUGAAUACUGUAGCAACAUGAUUUCAUUCGUAACAAUUUAGCAUGACUAAAGUGGUAUGAAAAGGUAACAAAGUCAAGGUUAGGGAAAGGGGCAUGGCAUACGUUUGUACCUUUUCUUAAGACUUUGUUUGAUAUGGAAAAAUAAUCCGAUCACAUCACCCUUGCUUGCUUUCAUACGAAUGUCUCAUGCAACCAGAUGGUAAUAUUACACCAGUAGGUUCCUGUUCACUUUGCACACCUGGCAGUCAGAUGGCACCAUAAGAAUGACUUCACCUACCACUGAAUGAUGAGUCAAACUGCGGGGGAACCUGAUAGGACCUUAGGAACUCAUGGUGACUUUUUACUUGGCCUAGUAACUUAAUCCAGUGUCUUCGUGUUGACUGAAUGUGUGGGGCAGACAAGAUGCAGCUAUUUAUCUGUCUGAUCCUGCAGCAAAGAAUGUUUUAUUGUGAUGUGAAUAUUUAUUGUUUCUAAAAUAACUUUUUUUUUCUUAUAUAAUUUAUUAUAUUAGCCUUUUUAUUUAUUAUUUCUGGGUUUUGGCUUGUACUGUAAGUAGACAAAUACGGGUGAUGUUUAAUAUUUGUAAUGUGUGACUCAUAGGAGUUUGUAUUCUUUACCACUGAAAUAAUAAAUACCUCUGGAUACUAGAAAUACAGUAAAUAUGCUAAAAAUAUGUUUUGCAGAGUUGCACAUUUUCCUAUGUAAAUAAAGACUGAAAAGAACUUUCAGAACUGUCUUCUCUCUCAUGCCUAAGCAGAAUGCAUUUUAUGGCACUGUUUAACACAGACACAGCACAGAAGUGUAAAAGUCGGCAGUUAGGAAUGACUCCAAUCAUAGCGUUCCUGAUGAGAUGCCUUUAUGCUUCUGUUACGUAGCAAGAAGACACUCAUGUAAAACACCUUCUGUUUUGUGCUAUUUUUAUUUCUUUUAAUUCCUGCUUUCAUUGGGUGACUUCAGUUCAAUAUACUAGGGAAGUUCAAGGGACAAUUUAAAAAUAUAUGAAUGAGAAGAUGGUAAAUGUUAGACAAGAAAAUCUAAUAUAUAGUCGGGGUCAUAAGUUUACAUACAGUACGCCUUGAAGAAUCGCAAAAUGUUAAUAAUUUUUUUUAAAUUAUGUUUUGUUUUUUAUUUAGUUCUGCCCUGAAUAAGCUAUUUCACAUAGCAGAUGUUUACAUAUAGUCCACAAGACUCAAUAAUAACUGAAUUUACACAAAUGAACCAGUUCAAAAGUUUCCAUACGCUUG